CCCAGGUAUUGGUGUGUCCCGGGAUUUGGGGUGUCCCAGGAUUUGGGGUAUCCCGGGUAUUGGUGUGUCCCGGGAUUUGGGGCAUUUGAGUGUUUGGUGUGUCCCAGGAUUUGGGGUAUCCCAGCUAUUGGUGUGUCCCAGGAUUUGGGGUGUCACAGGAUUUUGGGGUGUCCCGGGAUUUGGUGUGUCCCAGGAUUUGGGGUAUCCCGGGAUUUGGUGUGUCCCAGGCUUUGGGGUAUCCCAGGUAUUGAUGUGUCCCAGGAUUUCGGGUGUCACAGGAUUUUGGGGUGUCCUGGGACUGGGGAUGCCACAGGAUUUGGGGUGUCUGGGAUUGGGGGUGUCCCGGGAUUGGGGAUGUCCCGGGUUUUGGGGUUCUCCAGGUCUUGGGGUGCCCCCUCACGCUGCCACCCCAGGGGACGCUCACCGCGGUGCCUACACCGCCUUCAUGAAAUCCCAUCGCUGCUACGACCUGAUCCCCACCAGCUCCAAACUGGUCGUCUUCGACACAUCCCUGCAGGUGAAGAAGGCGUUCUUCGCGCUGGUCACCAACGGUGUGCGGGCAGCCCCGCUCUGGGACAGCAAAAAGCAAAGUUUUGUAGGUGAGCGAAGGCUCCGGGGGUCUCUGGGGGCUGAGGGGGGCUGGCAGGACCCUCCUCACCCUGCCUGCCCCCCAGGAAUGCUGACCAUCACCGACUUCAUCAACAUCCUGCACCGCUACUACAAAUCUCCCAUGGUGCAGAUCUAUGAGCUGGAGGAACAUAAAAUAGAGACGUGGAGAGAGGUUUAUCUGCAAGACUCCUUCAAGCCACUGGUCUGCAUUUCCCCCAAUGCCAGCCUGUUUGACGCCGUCUCCUCCCUGAUCCGGAACAAGAUCCAUCGCCUGCCCGUCAUCGACCCCGACUCGGGGAACACGCUCUACAUCCUCACCCACAAACGCAUCCUCAAGUUCCUCAAGCUCUUUAUCUCAGAGGUGCCCAAGCCUGAGUUCAUGGCACGGACGUUGGAGGAGCUGCAGAUUGGCACCUACAGGAACAUCGCCGUGGUUGGCACCAGCACCCCCAUCUACGUGGCCCUGGGCAUCUUCGUGCAGCACCGUGUCUCCGCGCUGCCCGUGGUUGAUGAUUCGGGGCGCGUGGUGGACAUCUACUCCAAAUUCGAUGUUAUUAACCUGGCAGCUGAGAAGACCUACAACAACCUGGACGUGACGGUGACGCGGGCGCUGCAGCACCGCUCCCACUACUUCGAGGGGGUCCUCAAGUGUUACAAGCACGAGACGCUGGAAACCAUCAUCAACCGCCUGGUCGAGGCUGAGGUCCACCGGCUGGUGGUGGUGGAUGAGAGCGAUGUGGUUAAAGGGAUCGUCUCCCUCUCGGACAUCCUGCAAGCCCUGGUCCUUCCCCAGGGCCCCUGAGGCAAUGGGGGGGGGGGUUCAGUCCUCCCAACCCCCCCGACUCUCUUCUCCUGUAUCACUGUGCCCCCCCUGGGCUGAUGGGGACACCCGGGGAAUGCCCCCACUCACCAGCAGCAUCCAGCAAUAACCCCCAGCCCUGGGCCAGCUCCUGCUGCCUUUCUCUGGGUGGGGGGAGCCCACAGCCCCCCCAUGCCGUGCCCUGCACCCCAAAGCCGUGUGGGGCGAUGGGGGCAGCCCUUGAACCCCCUGGGGUGCCAGGCUGGGGUCACCCUUAGCCAUGCCAGGGCUGUUCCUUGUGUGGCCUCUUGUCCCUGUCACCCUGCACCCUCUCCCUGGGUUUGGUGAAACCCACUCAGCUCCACCCGGCCCGGGGACCCCCCCACGCCCCCGGGGGUCUCCCCCCAGGUUCCCCCGGCUGUGCCCACACCCGCCACCGCUUCGUGUGUGAAGAGAAGCCACGAAUAAACACAGACCUGGCACCA